AAUACCCUCUUAAAAGCCCCAAACCCUCGCUCCGUCGCUCCGUGCCCCUUCCUCCUCCUCGCCGCCGCUCUCCGCCGCCGCUAUGGGACGCGUGAUCCGUGCCCAGAGGAAGGGAGCCGGCUCGGUCUUCCGCUCCCACACCCACCACCGCAAGGGGCCGGCCCGCUUCCGGAGUCUCGACUACGGCGAGCGCAACGGCUACAUCAAGGGCGUUGUUACCGACAUCAUCCACGACCCCGGCCGCGGCGCCCCACUCGCCCGCGUCACCUUCCGACACCCCUUCCGCUACAAGCACCAGAAGGAGCUCUUCAUCGCCGCCGAGGGCAUUUACACCGGUCAGUUUGUCUACUGCGGCCGCAAGGCUUCCCUCAUGGUCGGAAACGUUCUGCCGCUCCGCUCUAUCCCCGAAGGUGCCGUCGUGUGCAACGUCGAGCACCACGUCGGCGACCGUGGAGUCCUCGCCCGCGCCUCCGGCGACUACGCUAUCGUCAUUAGCCAUAACCCCGACAACGGCACUACCAGGAUCAAGCUUCCUUCUGGUUCAAAGAAGGUUGUGCCAAGUGGUUGUCGUGCAAUGAUUGGACAGGUUGCUGGUGGAGGUAGAACUGAGAAGCCCCUCCUCAAGGCUGGGAAUGCGUAUCAUAAAUUCCGUGUGAAGAGGAACUGCUGGCCAAAGGUUCGUGGUGUUGCCAUGAACCCUGUGGAACAUCCUCAUGGAGGAGGAAACCACCAGCAUAUUGGGCAUGCAUCAACCGUCCGCCGCGAUGCCCCCCCUGGACAGAAGGUUGGUCUUAUUGCUGCGAGAAGGACAGGACGGCUUCGAGGACAGGCUGCUGCAACUGCUGCCAAAUCAGAGAAGGCUGCUUAGAGAGUUGCUUAUAUUCUCGUGCUUAUUGCUGUUCUUUCAUUUGCUUGAGCAUCUGUUUGUCGUAAAUUGGAAACUCAUCUGGAUGUUUUGUAGCUAAUCUGUUUGGUAGUUUAUUGAUUUCUGGCCAAGUUGUUUGUGUUAGCAGAUCAUAUUUGGAAUUGCUGUUCGGUGAAAUUGAAAUGCACUGUUUCUUUUGCUUUUUAUUA